CAACCAUGCUCACGGAAGCCGAGUGGGCGGACGCGCUCCUGCCGCUAUGGAAGGAGUACUUUGCCUCGGAGGACGACAUCGACCUCGUCAAGUCCGACUUCCUUGGGCCGCUGCUCCAGUUCCACGCGCUCCUCCGCGACUGCCGGCAGCCCGACGGCUUCCUCGCCCAAGUGCGUCCAGCCAUCCUAGUUGAGUGCGCAUUGAUGCUGCUGGCUAGGUCAACCUCAUGGAGGCGACGGUCGUGACGGUCCUGGCCAAGCAUCUCUUUAGCCUCUUUGGCGACGACGCGCAAGAGUGCUUCACGGUCGGGUACGAGCACUACCUCCGGUCGCUUGGCCUCGCGCUGUGCAUGCUGCGCCACGAAGACGAGAUUGCGGCGUCCGAAUACGACAUGCUUCCGCGCGACAAGCUCGUCAUGACCAAGGACAAGAUUUACGUGCGCAUCGUGGGCUGGGAGCCCGAGACAUCGAUCGGCGACCUCAAGGCCCACGCCGUCGACACGUUCGUCAGCGUCACGGGCACCGUCAUCCGCGUCAACGCGAUCAAGCCGCUCGUCGUCUGGUGCGAGUUUCUCUGCGAGAAAUGCGAAGGCGUCACGCCCCGGUACUUUCCCGAUGGCAACUUUGACCCGCCAUCGGGCUGCGGCAGCUGCAAGAGCAAGGCCGCGCUCGUCCCGCACCGCAGCUCGGCGCGCACCGUCGACUUUCAAAAGAUCAAGCUACAGGAGGUCGACAACUGCGACGCGGCCGCGGGUCGCAUUCCGCGCAUGGUCGAAGUCGAGCUCUUAGAAGAACUCGUCGACUCGUGCGUGCCUGGCAGCGUCGUCACCGUCUGCGGCGCCGUCAAGGCCAUGAACUCGGAGCUCCACGGCGGCAAGUACGGCAAGCAAGCCCAAGCCAGCAGUCUCUACGUGCUCUACCUCGUUGCAAAUUCCGUGACGAGCGUCACGCAGUCCGAGGCGUCGUCGACCCAGGAGAACGUCGAGUUCACCGCCGAGGACCUCGAUGGCAUCUACAAGAUCGCACAUAUGGACCGCGUGUUUGACCGGCUCAUUCACUCAUUUUGCCCUGGUAUCUUCCGCAACGAGCUCGUCAAGGCAGGACUGUUGCUCGCGCUCUUUGGCGGCGCCCAGCGCAAGGAGGACGCUGGCUUCACCCGCAGCGACUCCCACGUGCUCAUGGUCGGUGACCCGGGCCUCGGGAAAAGCCAGAUGCUGCGGGCCGUCUCGAUGGUGACACCGCGCGGUAUCUACGUCGGCGGCAACACGACAACGACGACGGGGCUUACCGUCACGAUGGUCAAGGACUCGUCCGGCGACUACGCGCUCGAAGCCGGUGCGCUCGUCCUGGCCGACCAGGGUGUUUGUUGCAUUGAUGAGUUUGACAAGAUGGGUAUUGACUACCAGGCGCUGCUCGAGGCCAUGGAGCAGCAGAGCAUUAGCAUUGCCAAGGCGGGCAUCGUGUGCAACUUGAACGCGCGGACGUCGGUGAUUGCGGCGGCGAAUCCCUCGGGCGGCCACUACAACCGAAGCCGGAGCGUCUCGGAGAACCUCAAGAUGAAGGCCGCGUUGCUCUCGCGCUUCGACUUGAUUUUCGUGCUCCUCGACCGGCCCGACUCGAACCGCGACCACAUGCUCUCGGAGCACGUCAUGUACAACCACUUGACGUCCAAGCAGAAGCGCCAGCGCGUCGAGUUGGGCGCUGGGUCGCAGAAGAAAUGGUCGCAGUCGCGCUUGGACCAAGGACCCCCGGCCGACAUUGGGGAUGCGAACGACGGGUCGCUCAAGCAGCGGCUCAUGGCCAACUGGGCCGAGCUCCAAGAAACGCCCAUCUCGAUCUACCUCAUCCGGCGCUACAUCGCCUACGCUCGAAAGUACAUCCACCCCAAGCUGUCGCCGGACGCCAAGACCUUUCUGCAGGAAAAAUAUUUGAAAAUGCGCGCUGACGCCGAGACGUCGUCCGACGGGAUCCCAAUCACGAUGCGGCAGCUCGAGUCGCUCAUCCGGCUCGCGCAAGCCCGCGCCAAGAUCGAACUCAAGGACGUCGUCGAGGUGCAGCACGCCUACGACGUGGUCGAAAUCAUGCAAGAAUGCCUGCUCGACACGUACACGACUGAGGACGGCGACUUGGACUUUGGCCGGUCGGGCGGCCUCAGCCUCUCGAAAAAGGUCAAGGCGUACAUGGCGCGACUCAAGAAGGCUGCGAUCACGCGCAACUCGACAAAGUUUAGCAUGGACGAGCUUCUUGAAGUUGCCAACAGCAUGGCGCUGCAGGUCGACGACUUCCGCGACUUCAUCGAUAUCUUGCGCAACGAGUGCUACGUGCUCAAGCAAGGCCCCAACGUCUACAAGGUGCAGCUGUAGCUUCAAGAGCGCUCGCCGGCGAUCCAUCUACCCUCACGGCGUCAUCACACUCUAAGAAAUACACUGCUCGCUCGGACUCUGUCUUGGUCGUAGCAACAGACACUCGUGGCAGCACCAGCGGCGUGCGAUUCUAAAGAAGGUGCUCUUUUACGAA